AUGGGCCGUUCUCGUGGAACAGUUGAGCGACGUUUAGAAGAAGCUGAAGUUGAUGAAGUUGUGGCCAACUUGCAGCAUGGCAUGACGGACCUCCUCCGAGGGUGCAUUAAGGCGGACCCGUCGCAGCUUUUUGGAGAGUGGGCUUCAAAGAGCAAUCGUCUCAGCAAGGAGAACAUUCAAGAGUAUCUAUGGGCCUUGCAGCCGAUUGCGCGGCAAUCGCCAUCCCAGCCGGUCCACGCAGAUUCAUUGUUUGAGGUUCUGAAUCGGCUCAUCCCGGACCAGGCAGAGGGGCGGAUCUGGCUUUUGGUGUAUGACCUCAAAAGCAUCAUGCAGCAACUUGGCCACAUUGUCUUUUUGGAGUGCGUUUUUGGCAAUGGAACGUUGCAGGUCUCUUUUACUGGACGGCUGACACGCAAACCCAGGCACGCUCGGAAAGUGUGGCGGAAAGCUCGAGCUCCGGGAGAGUGGCCGAUGUGGGUCCGCUCCAGCCCGGGCACGUUGGAAUUGUUCAUGACCUAUGCGUCCUGCGCCCAGGAAUUCGAGGUGGAGACAGAUGAAAAAGAUCUCGAGGACAGCCAGGCAGCAGACACCAAUCAGGAGUCUUCAUUGGCUGUGAAUUUGUUGGAGCCAGACCUCCGAGCACCAAUGCAGUUGCAAAGGCAGCGCUUACCCCAGAACCUUCCUCACUCAAGGAGAAGUGUUUGGGCGCUUUUAAGACAAAAGAAAUUGAAGAAGGACUUGAAGCCCCAGUCCAAAGUGGCUGCCAAGAAGGACUCUGGCACCAAAAAGGAAAUCUAUGGCCUGACGCGGCUGCAGCUUCCGUGGCAGCUCGUGGAGCUUGUGAUUCACGCUUAUCUGAUCAGACGCAUUUGUGUGCCCGAGUUUGACUUCCCUCCAGAUCUGGGAUGCAUUGAGUUUUUCUCAGGCGGCUGGGGGAGCUCUCAAGUGGCCAAGGCUUUUGAAGAGUUGGGAUGCAGGGCUCUAGCCUUCGACAUUCUUCGCGCCUUGAUUUUUGGAUUGUCAGCUCUUCUAGCUAUGCUGGCUUGGGCGCGUGGCUGCUGUUUUGUUUUGGAACAGCCGCUGCGGAGCAUAAUGACAGCCCUACCAUCGUGGCAGGGUGUCAUUGGAUUCUUUGAAGAAGCCGGCCAUCCCCUGAAAAUGAACAGCUUGAACAUGGCGGCCUUCAGAGCUGGCAUUGUGGCCUACAGUGGCCUCACGCAUUUUGAUUUUGCAGAGGGAAGUGUUUCAAACGCUUUGAAUGAACUUCAGCAGCUGUGGCUGAAAAAGCCUAUGGCGGUGUAA